GGCUGAUGGACAAUUGCUUUGAUUGUAUCCAAGAGGCCAUCACACGGAACACCCUGGAUAGUGUAGUAGAAAUCAACCUCAAAGACAUCUUGCUUCUUCGCAGACAGAACUGGCAAUACCCACACAUGCAGGAAAAGAUCUCUGAUGUCACGUGGAAGGAGAUAUAUAUGAAUCUGAAUGGGUCAGGCGAUGCUUUAAAAUAUUGUGAAGAUACUGAAAGUAGUCAAGUCCCAGCCAAAACAUGUACACAUCUCAUACAGACGCAACAAAGUACUGACUCUGGGUUUGGUGAGGAUGAGAUUUUGUGGGAAUGUGAAGAGGAGUUUCGGAAAGACUUGCAAGAAAUUAACGGUUUCUCCAAAGCAAGAUUGGAGGAUAUCCCUGAGGCAGAAUGCCCAGACAAAGAGUUGCUAGCUGGAAUCCAGAUUAUUGGGAAGGAUCAAAGCCUUGUGGAGGAGGCAGAGCAGAUUUUGCGGACACAUUUCAAUAGAAGGAAAUCUGUUUCACCACCUGCUCCUACAGAAAAACCAGAUAUCCCUGCAUCUCCAGCAGAUUAUAUGCCACCCCAACCACCAAAGGGAGACAACUGCAAACUCCCAGAUCACUGGUACCUACCGCCACCUCCUCCAGCACCUCCGUCCAUGACCCCGGCUCCUCAAGAAAAAUCAAGUGUCCCUACAUCACCAGUAGAUUAUAUGCCACCCCAACCACCAAAGGGAGACAACUAUAAACUCCCAGACCACUGGUACCUUCUGCCUCCACCACCACCACCACCGCCUGUACAGGAGCCAGACUGUCAUCCUGUCAGGCUUAAUAGACAACUGUCAGAAGUCAAACAGAGGUACGAAGGUAUGGUCAUCAGACAGCCUAUAGGGGCAGGCAUCAGUCCGGACGCAUUACAGGAAAUAGAGAAAUCAAUGCCAGAUGGCAUAUUUACAGCGAGGGGCAGGAGAACAAUGUUUGGUCGAUACCGCUCUGCCAUGG